CAUAUUGCGACAAACGACAAGUAUGGGCUUUUAAAGUGACUGCAUCGGACUAUCUUAGCACCUGUCGUAUCUUGAAAUGUACGAACCGAAUCCACAGCAAAUGUGCAACAUUUCACAAAUCAGCGAAAGAGAACAAGCCAAAUUACAGAAGAUCAAAGAACUGACAAGCAUCUUAAAGGACACAGACAAGAAUCUCACCAUAUGCGAGGAAAUACUAACGACUUAUAUAAAGAAACGAUUAAAGGAAAAAAGAGAAGAAAUACAAAGAAGAAACGAAUUGGAAAACAGGAUGGCCGAAAUACUGGAAAAUCUAAAGACACGGUUGUUGGUUGAGUGAGGCAAAUCUUAAAUGUAUAUCUUCACAUGUAAUUUAUAUGAAUAAUAUAUUAUUAUUUACGUUACUUGUUAUUACGUUCUAUAUCUCGUGAGAAAAUAAAAUUAUACAUUUUAUUAAUGUCAA